AUGUCAUCACCAAUAGUUUACCAAUUAGGACACGAAUCGAUUAAGGACCAUGUCUUUUCUCCAGAUCGUCAAAUAUUGGCAAUUACCAAGCUGAAUACUGUCGAGAUCUACCAAACAUCGUCCAAUUCAUCAAGCAAGCCAAAAUUAAUCACUACAUUGAAGGGUCACGAUAAGACAGUCACUUCUGUGGAUAUUUCUCCAGAUGGAUCCAAAAUUUUGACCUGCUCUCAGGACAGAAAUGCGUUGGUCUGGAAAUAUGAUCAAGCCGAGCAGGAAUACAAGCCUACGUUAGUUUUAUUACGUAUAAGCAGGGCAGCUACUGUUUGUAGAUGGUCUCCUUUAGGUAACAAGUUUGCAGUUGGAUCAUCCGAUAGAAUUAUCGCUGUCUGUUACUACGAGCCGGAAAAUGAUUGGUGGGUAUCCAAGCACUUGAAAAAGCCAUUGAAAUCUACGAUCACCAGCUUGGACUGGCACCCAAAUAACAUCUUGUUGGCCAGUGGUUCAACUGAUGGACAUACGAGAGUAUUUUCCACUUAUAUUAAGGGAUUAGAUGAAAAACCCGAACCUUCAGUUUGGGGUUCGAAAUUGCCAUUCCAAACGUUAUGUGGUGAUUUUAUCAAUGAAACUGGUGCCUGGAUUCAUGAUGUUUCGUUUGAUCCUUCUGGUAAUUCUUUAGCUUUUGUUUCUCAUGACUCGUCUCUUACAGUUGUGUAUCCAGAAGGUGAAGGUUUACCACCUAGAGCUAUUCUUAAUGUCAAGACGAACUAUUUACCAUUCAAGUCAUUGGUCUUCUCAAGCGAAAACAGAAUUCUUGUAGGUGGCCACAACUGUAACUUGAUUGCUUUUGAAGGAAAUGAAAGUGGAUGGAAAGAGGCUUUCAAGGUUGAAAAACAGAAGGAUUUAAUCAAGGACACAACCGUCCCAGAGGACGAAGAAGAAGAGAUUUCAUCUCAUGAUGCACUUAACAUGUUUAAGCAAUUAGACUUGAAAGGUAGAGUUAACAAGCCUAGUGCAAAAGGUGCCGGUAAAGUUUUAAGUACCAUCCACCAGAAUACUAUCGCAAGUAUCAAGACAUACAGUAACAACCAAAUCAGUACCUCGGGUAUCGAUGGGAAGAUUGUUAUUUUCACUAUCUAA